AUGGACGCGCCGGUGCAUGUUCUCGUGUUCCCGUGGCCGCUGCAGGGCCACAUCAACUGCAUGCUCCAUCUCACAGCCGCCCUCCUCGACGCCGGCUUCCGCGUCACCUUCCUCCACACCGAGCACAACCUCAGCCGCCUUGUCCCAGCGGCGCUGCCGCCGGGCCUCCGCCUGCUGUCCGUUCCCGACGGCCUCCCGGACGACCACCCCCGCUCAGUACGCAGCCUCAAGGAGCUCUCGGAGUCCAUGUUCACGACGGGCAGCGCUGCGUACCGCGCCCUGCUCCUGUCGCUUCGAUCCGAUGCACCGCCGUUGACCUGCGUUAUCGCCGACGGCAUCAUGCCGUUCGCAGUCGACAUCGCGGAGGAGCUCGGCGUCCCGGCUCUCGCCUUCCGCACGGCCAGCGCGUGCAGCUACUUGGCGUACCUGUCCGUGCCAAGGCUCGUGGAGCUCGGCGAGGUCCCCUUCCCUGCAGACGACCCGGUGCGCGGCGUCCCAGGGAUGGAGGGCUUCCUACGGCGGCGAGACCUUCCACGUGGAGUCGGCCGCAGCGAGGACGGCGCCUUCGACCCCAUGCUGCUGGCGAUCGCCGAGGGCAUCGCUCACGCCGGCAAGGCGCGGGCACUCAUACUAAACACCGCCGCGUCCAUGGAGGGUCCGGCGCUCGCGCGCAUCGCGCCGCACAUGCGCGACCUCUUCGCCAUAGGCCCUCUCUAG